AUGGUGAUUCGAGGACCAACUCUGAAAUUACCCACAGGUGCAGAAAUGCCUGCUGUCGGCCUUGGGACUUGGUUGUCAAAACCAAACGAAGUUGGAAAUGCUGUUAGACUCGCUUUGAAUUGCGGAUAUCGUCUUAUUGAUACAGCGGAAUUUUACGACAAUGAAAAAGAAAUUGGAGAUGUGCUUCGCGAAUAUACUGAUUCUGGCAAACUAGAACGCAAAGAUGUCUUUAUUACUACAAAAUGCUUCUGUACCCAUUUCCAACCAGAGAAAAUGAAGGCUGCAGCUAAAGAAUCUUUGAAGAAACUACAGCUCAGUUACGUUGACCUUUACCUCGCACACGCGCCUGCUGCUCUAAAUGAAGACAAAACAAUACCUGAGCAUCCAGUCACAGUCGAGCAAAUUUGGCAGGGACUUGAAAAUGUAUAUGAAAGCGGGUUUGCCAAAGCCAUAGGUGUGUCAAAUUUCAAUAUCCAGCAACUCGAGCGCAUUUUGAAAGUCGCUAAAGUUCCAAUACACAAUCUCCAGGUUGAGUGCUCUCUCUAUCUACCUCAGUUCGAAUUAGCUGAAUUCUGCAAGAAGAACAAUAUUUCCUUUACUUGCUAUUCUCCGCUUGGUUCUCCUGGAAGUGAUUUUGCGUCCAAGCAAACGCCGACUCCUCUUGAAGAUCAGUCAGCGAAAAGAUUUGCCGAGAAAUAUCACAAAACUCCAGCACAAGUCCUUAUUCGUUAUCUUAUUCAAAGAGGAUUUUCAGCUAUCCCUAAAAGUGUUAACAAGAAGCGUAUUGAAGAAAACUGGAACGUAAGCUGCUGCUUAAUUAUUAUUGCGUCGACUUUAACGGCUCGUUUAGUGUUUGGCUAA